GCUUUCUGAAUGAGUGAUUCAUAGAUUAAUUAUUUUAGUUAGUUGUUGGUUGAGCUAAUAAAAAGUAGCCAAACCAUCGAUACAAAAUUGCCGUCUCAGCGUUAUCAGCUUAACACUUUGAUAAUGGGAGAACAGAAGGGGUUAACAUUUUACUACAACCAUUAGACCCGAUGAACAGGUGUGCACAGCCAGGUGUUGGGCGCUGAUAAGUGGCCUCUUACUGAUACCGAUACCAUUUUAAAUGGCCAAAAAAACUGCUGGCAAACAAAGUGGGUAAUCACUGUAGCCCUGGCAACCAAUUCCGGUGACAUUUGGCCAAAAACAAAUUGCUGAAACUCCAAUUUGGCGAUAAUUCCAAAAAGGGAUUAUCUGGAAAAACCAUUGAUUGCCACCGGUUAAUCAUUGUUGUAUGAGUAUUUCUUUAUGGCCGCCAUGGAGAUAAGAUUAACCGGAAUCGAACACUCGAUGUAGUCCAAUCCCUACUCAAAAUGGUCAGUUGCCUUUUAGCCAUAUUAGAAGGCAGUUCGGUGAAAACUCUCUCUAUCCCUCUGUUUGCCAAAACGGAAAAAUGUCAAACUUCCAAUGGUUUCUAACGCUCGGCGUCCUUUUUUGUGCGGUUCUCAAUCCUCAAGGUGGAGGCGGCGCGCUGGCCGUAUUUUGGCCAUGUGAAAGCUCGGAGGACUGCACAGCUGACGGUUCAAGCUGCGAUUUGGCCAGCGGUCAGUGCGAGUGCUCCACAUUCGAUACGGUCUUAGCGGCUAACUUCACCCAAUGCCUGGCGACGUCGCUCAUUGGUGACAAGUGCGACGAAAGCGUCCAGUGCAAUCUUAUGCCAACGGGGGCCAGUUGUAAAGCCGGGGUCUGCGAUUGCGCCGAUGGCCAGAACUAUCUGCGUGGCAAGUGUCGCCCACUAAACGGACUCGGCGAGUCCUGCGAAACUGACUUGGACUGCUAUUUUGGUUACGAUCGUGCGUCUGUGAGUUGUCAGCAAAACGUGUGCGGCUGUGCAAAUGGCUAUUAUAAUAGAUAUGGAAACAUCUGCCGUCGCAAAUCAAUGGAAGAAAACGAUGCCUGCGUCGUUAACGAGGACUGUGAUGCACUGGGCGCCGAUGCCGAGUGCGUGGGCCUAGUAUGUACCUAUGUUGACGAGAUCACAACGACUCCGGGCCCCGGGGUCGAGGAUACGGAGACCACCAAUCCGGGAUCGCAGGAGGAUGACUCGACCACAGCGGAGGCGAUCACCGAAACCGCCGAGGUUGAACAAGAGACAUCCUUCCGAAGCCGACGACAGCUAACCAAGGCCUUUGUCCAUGCUGCCCCGCCCACUCACAGCGAUGCCUCCGCCCAGGUGUCCUUUGCUCCCCUUACCAAUGGUGACACCGAACCGCUUAUCUCACCGAGAUCCCAUGAGAUCGCCGUCCAGACGAGCAUCGAGCAAUAUGAGCUAAGGGAGGUGGGUAGAAGUGUAAGGAAUGCGGCCACCACUACCACCGCUACAGCAUCGACGAGCACUAGCAGUCGGCGGAACUCUAGCCGUAACCAAAGCCACGCCUAUAGCCAUCGCCGCCGCUUGCCCGCCCUCUUCCGCUUCGAUGACGAGGACAUCAAGACCUAUUCCACGCUGGGAUCCAGCCGCGAUGACGAUGACGUCGAUGAGAAGAAGUAUGGUAGCAGCUGUACGGAUAAUGGAAAAACAUGCUCGGGUCUGCCGCACUCGAUUUGCACCAAAAAUAUUUGCCUUUGUCGUCAGGGUUACUAUGGACGUAAUGGAAAAUGUUUUGCAGAACUGGGUGAAAUUGCGGAGAGCACAGACGAGUGCGAGUAUGAGUUCGAUGAGCUGACCAAAACUUGCGUUUGCCAAAAGAACUAUUUCUACGAGAGGGAUCUGCGGAACUGCAGAAAACCCAUCCAAUAUCACUUGUCCUGCACCUCGAAUAGCCAAUGCAGUCCAUUUGGUGCCUCAUAUUGCCAUCCGGAGAUUCCGAGGAGGUGCACUUGCGAGGAGUACGCCCUGUACGAUGCUAUAAAACAGCUCUGCGAAUAUAAACAUGGCCUGGGAGCUGAGUGCGAGUCGAAUGAUGCCUGUCCAGUGGAUAACUCCGUGUGCUCCAAUCGCCUGUGCGUUUGUGCGGAAAACUACUUUGAAAAGGACGAGACCUGUUUGCGGGGUAUUGGUGCUGACUGCUCGGUGGAGGAUGACUGCAUAGCUGAGAACACCACCUGCCAGGAGAAAGACGAGGAGGAUCCGUCGCGAACCUGCCAGUGCCGGAAGGGAUACGUCCACUUCAAGGAUCAGUGUCUCAAGGAAGCUGAGGAGCUGGAGGAUGAGUGCGUCGAGGAUGAGCAGUGCAAGCCUCUCCUGGCCAGCUGUAAUACGGAGGGCAAAUGUGGAUGCACAGAUGAGCAGCACGAGAAGAACGGAGUUUGUGAGACAAAGCGAGAACUUGGAGAAUCGUGCACCAAGGCCACCGAGUGCUAUAUAGAAAAGGAUCCCGAGAACGUGGAGUGUCGCAACUCCGUCUGUCAGUGCAAAUUUGGAUACUCUACGAACACCGAUCAGAAGCAGUGCAUUCGAGUGAUGCCCAGUAAAAAUUCUUCCGGUAGACCCAGUGCCCUUAAAAUCAUCACCUUCAUGCUGAUUGGCUCCGCUUUUCUGAUCACCAGUGCGGCCAUAAAGCAGGCCUACUACUAAAAAGCAAACCUAAUCCCUUUUAAAUGCGUUGUGAGGAAUGUGGCAAGGAUAAUCGAAGGACCUUUUGGGGGGUAAAAAUGGGGAUCAGGGGUUAAACACCGGCCAGUAUUAGCCAAGUUAGUGGCAUGGAAACAGAACCAUGCGCAACGUGAAUAUAAAUCAAGUAGUCCAUAAGCUGAUAUAUAAGUGUCGAAGCAAUAUUUGAAGAAGAGUCCUCGAAAAGGGACUCUCGCUUAACUAAUACGGCUAACAAUAAUGACAAAUUAUCUCUAAGUUUGAAGUUAAACUGCUUGUUGAUAGGCUAAGCAAACAGUUUUUAACCAAAUUGUAAUAUAUACAUCCUAAAUAAACCAAGGCCAACGAGAAGUUGUAUCAAAUUCA